UGGCAAGUAAUGAAUCCUCACCAUGUUAGAUUUUUAUAUAUUACGGCAGUUGUCAGUACUCUUUGUUAUGGUAGUUACAUUUAUGUAAUGAGUGAUGCGAAGCAGUCCAAAAUAAUUCAGGAGAUUGACUCGAACAGUCCUAAAGGGUCUUUACAUGAAAGGAAAAAAUCCGCCUUCGAGGAAAAUUUAAUAAAACGAUUUCAAACUCAAAACUCUGGCGGCAAAGAAAAUUAGGAAUAAAAUGCCAUCUCACAGUGUUGAAUGUCCAAUUUGCUUCCAGAAUUUCUCUUCUGAUUUUAUUGAAGCACAUGCACAACGAUGCAAAGGUGUUAUGAAGCCUAGAUGUCAUUCAAAUGAUGAUGAUAUGCCUUCAGCUAAAAAAGCUAAAAUUUCUUCGCCAAAGCCUACCCAAAGUUUUUUCAAUUUUAAACAGAAUUCCAAGUCCUCAAUGAACAAUGGGUCAAUAAAUGCUAAAAAUGGAGAUGAGAAAACAAAAAGAAGUCAUAUAUUUCACGAUGAUCCUCCUAUGACAAAGCGCACCUCUAAGAAGCCCAGUGAUAUGCAUAGUGUUCCUCUUGCAGAACGCAGUAGACCCUCAACAACAGAUGAAUAUAUAGGACAAGAAAAAGUGCUAGGAAAGGGAUGUGUACUAAAUGAAUUACUACGCAACAACACUAUCCCAUCCAUGAUACUUUGGGGUCCACCUGGAUGUGGAAAAACAUCUCUCGCUCAUGUCAUCGCGACGAAAGCAAAGAAUACACCAAAUAGUUCCAUAAGAUUUGUGAAAAUGUCAGCCACCAAUUCUGGAAAAGCAGAUGUGACUGCAAUGGUGAAAACAGCUAAAAACGAUCAACAGAUGUUCAAGCGCAAGACAGUACUUUUUAUUGAUGAGAUCCAUAGAUUUAAUAAAAUGCAGCAAGAUACAUUUUUACCACAUGUCGAAGAUGGUACAAUAGUAUUGAUUGGUGCGACAACAGAAAAUCCAUCUUUUUCUUUGAACUCAGCACUGUUGAGCAGAUGCCGAGUCAUAAUAUUGGAAAAACUGAGCAUAAAAGAAAUAAAAACUAUACUUAUGAGAGCUUUGAGAAAGUUUGAAAAAGAUGUGAGAGUCAUAACAACAGGUGAGGGUUCAUCUCUGAAAGCAGAAUCAAGCUCGUGCGAGAUUAUUUCCUCUCCUGAUUGUGAAAUUGUUGAGGAGAAUAUCACUGAAUCAAAAAUAACAAUUUCUGAGGAAGUCAUUAAGUUUCUUGCCAGUAUAUGUGAUGGGGAUGCUAGAACUGCAUUGAGUGGUUUACAAAUGGCUAUUCAAGCUGCUCGGUCAGCUAUUGUCAAUGAAAAUAAUAACACUUACCAGAUCGAUAUUGAAAUGAUUAAAAAGAGCUUGCAUCGAAGUCACGUUUCGUAUGAUAGAACAGGGGAUCAACAUUAUGAAAUGAUAUCCGCUUUUCAAAAAUCAAUACGAGGAUCUGAUGAUAAUGCAACUUUAUAUUGGCUAGCAAGAAUGCUUGAAGGUGGAGAAGAUCCUAAGUUUAUUGCAAGACGUUUAAUACGAAUUGCUAGUGAGGAUAUUGGUCUUGGAGAUUCUACUGCGUUAAAUCUGGCUAUAUCUGCUCAACAAGCAUGCCAAUUCAUAGGGAUGCCAGAAUGUGAUGUUGUGUUAGCACAUUGUGCUGUGUACAUGGCAAGGGCACCAAAGUCUGUGGAAGUUUAUAUGGCCUAUAACAGAGCAAAAGAAAAAAUUAAAUACCAUGAAGGUCCUUUACCUGGGGUUCCACUCCAUCUUAGGAAUGCAUCAACAAAGUUAAUGAAAGAACUUGGUUAUGGUAAAGGCUAUCAAUACAAGCCGCCUGAUGAUAACAGUCAAACAUAUCUUCCAGACUCAAUGCUUGGUUGUAAUUUUUUCGAUGGCACACUUCCAUCUUUGUGAAACCUUUUGGCCUACAAUUGCAGAAUUAAUGAAUAUCAGAUGGAGAUGUCAUCAAACUGUUGUCGAAACGUAAGGACCUCACACAAUAUGGCAUAAUUUUCCAUUUUCCCAAUUGUAUCUUAUAGAUUGUGAAUUGAUAUUGAUAACUGACAACUAUAUUUGUGUGGUAUACUGAAUUAGUUGUUGGAGAUGCAGGGGAUUCGGAUUCUCUUACUCAUAAUGUAUUUUCAUCUCGUAGAAUAAUUGUUUUUGGUCUUGUUUUCACUGAAAACUCAAAGAUGGUGACUGUUGUGUAUUUACGUCAUAGCUUGUUGUUUUUAACACAGACUAGAUUUGUGAUUAUGAUGUCAUAAUUGUUUUCUCGUAAUUGCUUCUUGCUUUACCUGUCUGCGUGCUUAUUAUUGAUUCUUGUGUUUUGAACUGUCUAGCGUUAAACUGCGAUAUACUGACGUCUUACUUUGCCGUAUAAUAAACAGUAAUAUUUCUG